AUGUGUUACCAUAAACUUUAUGGUGAUAAUAUUAUGAUUUUAAAUUGCAUGAUUAAUAUAAUCAACAAUAAAUUAAUCCAAUUAUUCAAUCAACAUUUAAAAUGUUAAAUUAAUGAAUUUAUUUUGUAGCUUCUACUUUCAGUUCUUUAGAAAGUAUUUUUUAAGAAAUUAUAGCUGUUGAAAGUUCUAUUAUCUAAAUCAUAACUCAAAAAUAAGGAAAAAUCAAAGUAUAAAAUGUCAAGAUUGAUUCUGCUUUUACUAAUCUUAAAGAAAAUGGUAAUUCAGCUUUUUAGAUAUUGA